GUCACAAGCCACCACAACAUUGAAAUUGAAAUUUGUAGGACUCCGUCGUCGGUACGGCAUCCUUUUUGAUACUCUACAAUAGAAUAUUAGUAAUAAAAGAUAAGUAUGUUAGAAGCAAUUUCAAACCUAACUGUUGUUGUGGCUUUGCAUGACAUUAUAGAACAGUUUGAAGUUGUGUCCUGGGUUCUAUGGCUGUCCACUCCAGUUGCUAUCACAUUCCUUUUGCCGCUUGUUAUACUGGUCUUUGUUUAUGGAUGUAUUCUAUUCCUUCAUUUUUACAAGUCACGACACAAACUUGUUGAUGCAUACUCCAAAGGGUAUUGGGAUGCGGCAAAGGUCAGCAUUGCUACAUUUUGGGAGGUGCAAGGCAAAAUAUGGCAUGGUUAUGAAAUAAACGGUCUUGAAAAACUUCCUACAAACUCAGGAGCAGUGUUGGUAUUCUAUCAUGGUGCAAUACCUAUCGACUUCUAUUACAUCUUGUCAAAAAUUGUCCUUUAUAAAGACAACACCAUGCAUAUAGUAGGUGAUCGGUUCCUCUUUAACGUACCAGGUUUUAAAUUAUUAAUGCAGGUAUUUAAUGUGACACCAGGUGGCUGCCGGGAAGAAUUGUCAGAUAUGUUGAAAAAAGGCAACCUGCUUGCAAUCUCACCUGGAGGUGUUCGUGAAGCGUACUUUAGCAAUGAAUAUUACCAACUACGUUGGAAGACCAGAAUAGGAUUUGCAAAGUGUGCUAUUGCUGCACAAGUGCCCAUUAUUCCAAUCUUUACUCAAAAUUGUCGCGAAGCAUUCCGUGCCCUUAGCUUUGGCCGUCCAUUCUUCCAGUGGUUGUAUGAGAAAACAAGACUUCCUAUUGUACCUAUAUAUGGUGGAUUCCCUGUCAAGCUGAGGACGUUCAUUGGAGAUCCGAUUGCAUGUAAAGCUGGAACCACUGCUGAACAGCUUGCUCUUGAGUGUCGCAAUGCAUUAGAAAAGCUGAUUGUUGAGCAUCAGAAGAUACCUGGAAGUAUACUGCAUGCUUUGCUUGAGAGAUUUUAUUAGAUGCUGGAUUACCUCUUCUUUACCAAACACAAUUCUUUAUAAGUUUUAACCAGGAUUUUACUUUAUACUUUGAUUAUAAAGUUAUGCAUUUUACUAGUGAAUCAAAUUGAAAUAUUUAUAUGAAACCAAUACUUGAUUGCCAGUUGCUUUUUUAAUGCGCAAUAUUUCUUUGGAUUAUUAUAGUAUUAAUACAGGUAAGAAACCAUGUAGAAUGUCCAGAUGUUUAAUUUGUUGAUACAGAAGUGCAGUGAAUGAGCUAUUUUGAAUCAUUUAAUGAUAUUUUAAUUUAGGUAAUAACAACUUGUCUACAGCUGUUUUAUGUGCAUGAAUAUGUUUAAUAUGAUUGGAUGCAUAGAUGCAUAUGUGUAUAGAUAGAUGGAUAGGUCGCAUAGAUAUGUAUGUAGAUAGGUAGAUUGAUAGAUUGCUCACACCACAAAGAAGCACAAAUUUAUAAUAGUGCACAAAACGCAUAUUUUUAUUGUAGAAUACAAAUAAUGCUUGACAACAUCUAUGCCCAAAAGCAAAAUGUGUUUCUUUCACCAAAAUUCACAGCGCUGCAUUAUAUACGAAUUAAGAGCAGAGAGAUGGUGUUAUUUGCAGCUUAUGUUUCACCUGCAUUCUCCAGGUAUAUAAAAUUAUUAUAGAAUACCAUGCGAUAAUGUACCUCUAUAUAUAAUUCAGGAAUAUACAUUAUAUAUUUUGGUUUUUCUUUGUGUUGUGCCAUUUAUUGAAAUAAAGGUAGAGAAAUUAGUGAAAUACAUUACCAGUAGCGUAUCUGUAUUGAAUUUUGAUAUAUUGUAUAUUAAUAAAUACUGUAUAUUAAUAAAUACUGUAUAUUUGAAUUAGAAAUUACUGUAAAUAAAAAAUGAACACAAG